AACAUGGUCCUUGCAAAUGACACCACCGUGAAAGCAUUCAUCCUCUCGGGCCUGACCACAAACCACAACGUUGAACUGGCACUCUUUGGUCUCUUCAUAGCCAUCUACACCUCCAUCCUCAUUGGCAACAUCCUCAUUGUGGUCACGAUCAUCUAUGAUCAACACCUCCACACCCCAAUGUACUUCUUCCUCAGCAACCUCUCCUUCAUUGACGUUUGCCAUUCCUCGGUGGUCAUGCCCAAGAUGCUCGCCGACUUCCUGACAGAGACCAAGACCAUCUCUUUCGGAGAAUGCAUAGCCCAGAUGUUUUUCCUCCACCUCUUUGCCUGCACGGAGAUCUUCCUCCUCACCAUCAUGGCUUACGACCGCUAUGCCGCCAUCUGCAAUCCCCUCCAUUACACCACCAUCAUGAGCCGCCAGGUCUGCCUCCAGUUGGCCAUAGCCAUGUGGUUGGGCGGGCUGAUCCAUUCCAUUGCCCUGACUGCUCUGACGCUCAACUUGCCUUACUGUGGACCCAACUCCAUUGACAACUUCUUCUGUGAUGUGCCCUUGGUCAUCAAACUGGCCUGCGCUGACACCUACGUCUUCGAAAUCCUCAUAGUCUCCAACUCGGGGCUGAUCUCGGUUGUCUGCUUUGUAGUUCUGGUGGUCUCCUACGUGGUCAUCCUCAUCUCCUUGAGGAACCGCUUCUCUGAGGGACGGCGGAAGGCUCUGUCAACUUGUGCUGCUCACCUGACUGUCGUGACUUUCUUCUUGGGCCACUGCAUCUUCAUCUACCUCAGACCAGCCAAGAGCCUGGCUGCGGACAAGGUGGUUUCUGUUUUCUUCACGGCCGUCACUCCCCUUCUCAACCCAAUCAUCUACACCCUCCGCAAUGAGGACAUGCUGAAUGCUCUGAACAAAUUACAAGGGCGACAGGUUGCUUCAGAAGGGAAAGGGUAUUAA